UAUGGCACUCGUCUGUAGCAGCUACACUGUAGCUUUUGUUGUUCGGAACGUGGAAAUGUUUAAAUACUAGAACGUAAUUUAUCGCCGUGUUCAUCGGUUUUUAUUGCCGAUGAAUUUAAGUGAUUGGAAGUGAUGUGUUUUGUUUGCAAUUUUCUAACAACUUGUUUGAGUCUAACGACGAAAAGUGGAUUGUAAAUAACAUUUCUCACGUGUUGAUUUCUAUCGCAGGCAUUGUGUUCAAUAACAAAAUUCCAGAAUUGAUUAAAUAGAUAACUUCCGGUUCGACUUGGUAUAUACCGCAAAAAACGAACUCGUAUAGUGUGACACUCGGUUGUGAGAUAAGCCUUAUCGCAGAUUCGAAAAGGAGAGGUUUCAUAUUCGACAAAACAAACCCAAUUUACCAAAUUAACUUUUCCUAAAUGGUAAUAAAUCAACGAAUCUAUCCGAACAGUUAUUGCUUUUGUUUUACUAACAUCAAUAACGCGAUCAUAAUCAAAUAAUUCAAAUUUCGAAAAGAGAUUUUGGAGGAAAAUCUGAUUUGAAAGGAAAAUUUAAAUUUUCUAACAAACACGUAAGACAGAAUGACGCACGGACCUCCUGCUCGCCGAAAGACUGAAGAUGGCGAAGAAGACGAAUUACCACCACCACCAGAUGGAGGAUGGGGUUGGGUUGUCGUGUUCGGCUCAUUUAUGGUACACGUUAUAACUGAUGGCUUAACAUAUUCUUUUGGCAUCUUUUACAAUGAAUUUCUGAGUUAUUUUAACGAGGGCAGAGGAUACACGGCAUGGAUAAUUUCGCUACUCGUUGGAAUAACAUUAUGCUCAGGUCCUAUAUCGUCGGCAUUUGUCAAUAAAUUCGGAUGCCGUAUUGUGACAAUAGUUGGGGCAAUACUUGCCGGAGUAUGCAUUAUAGCGAGCUCCUUCGCUCAAAAUGUAUUAACAUUAAUUUUUACAAUUGGAAUCGGAACCGGGUUCGGACUAGGAUUGAUUUAUUUGCCGGCUAUCGUGAGCGUCACCAUGUACUUUGAGAAGUAUCGAUCACUAGCAACUGGCAUUGCAGUUUGUGGUGCUGGAUUCGGAACCUUUAUUUUUGCACCGCUAACUGAAACUUUAAUUUCGAGCUAUUCAUGGCGUCACGCGAUGUUAAUCAUUGCUGGUAUCGUGUUUACGUGCAUUUUGUUCGGUGCAUUGUUCCGGCCAUUGAAACCCGUUCCGAAAAAUGACAAUAAUAUAAAUUCAGAGAUGCUUCCGAUAAAUAGCAAUAACAAUAGUCAGCAUGCCAGGAAAACUAGCACUGAUAUAGCAAAUGGUAAAAUGGAUCCAUCGAAAAUGGAUGCAAUAACUCGAUCGCAGAGUUACGGUCACGGUAUGGCAAAGCAUGGAUAUACAAGCGUACCGAGUCAGAAUUUAGAAGUACCGCCAAGUAUGCAGACAACACUGAGCCAACCGUUCUUACAUAAUGAGAAUGAUGACGGUCACCAUUCGUUUGCGCACAAAAGAUCGAUGAGUCGGACAUUCUCUCGGCCCGACAUUCUGUAUCAGGGCUCACUGCAUAAUAUACCUCAUUACCGAUCGCAUGGCGAUUUAAGCGUCGGCAUGGACAAAUACGGAUCGUUAAGACACGUGAAUGAACCUGAUGAACUGGCAGAGCAGUGUUGUCCGGGUGAAGCAGGUGUAAUCUGCGAAAUGCUCAAUCUGCAUCUGUUCACCGAUCCAAUAUUUGUGAUUUUCACCGUUUCCAAUUUUUGCACUAGCAUCGGCUUCAACGUUCCCUUCGUAUACCUUGCCGCACAGGCUGAAGAGCUUGGAAUCAGCAAGGAAAAGGCAAGUUAUUUGCUGUCUAUAAUUGGCAUUGCCAACACAGUUGGACGUAUUGUUCUCGGAUUUUUGGCUGACAAAAGUUGGGUGAAUCGAUUGUACGUUUACAAUACUUGUUUGACCGUCUGUGGCCUAGUAACCGUUCUGUCAAUAUAUUGCACAGACUUUACAUCGUUGGCCAUUUAUUCGGCCGUAUUCGGAUUCACAAUUGGUGCCUACGUCGGACUGACAUCGGUCAUUUUAGUAGAUCUUUUAGGCUUAGAUCAUCUGACGAAUGCAUUCGGUUUGCUGUUAUUAUUCCAAGGAAUUGCGUCAUUGGUGGGACCACCGGUUGCGGGUACGUUAUUCGAUAAAUUCGGAUCGUACUCACCGGGUUUUGUGUUGGCUGGCGUUAUGAUUACAGCGAGUGGGGCUAUGCUGUUCGCUAUACCAUGCAUGCGUAGAUAUAUUAGCAACAGAACGGUGGUGGACACACAACCAGUGUCGGCUUAAGUGUUACAAAUUGAGGAUGAUGCAUAUGAUAGAUAGUGUAAGAGUUUGUGUUGUAUCGUGAAAUUGUUCUAUACUUUUAGUGUUGUUACAUAAUAUAGUUAAAGUCGUAAGUCUAGUUGCGUACAUACAAAAAAUGCAAAGUUCACUAAUUUUUCACAAAACAACAGCGGUGACAAAUUAAGUUACGAAAUGAACAAAAAUUCGACCUCCGUUUAAUGUGAUUUAUAUAUUAAUUCAUUUAUCGUCUGUAGAAACUAACCCAACACACGUGAUGUAAAUUAUCGUAUAUCUAGCUAAUUCGGACAACAAUAAUUGUACAUACAUAUCUACAGGUAUUAUGUAGGUCUAAGUAGUCGUAAGUAUCGCCUUAAAUUUAAGAGAUUUGCUAUCACAAUUCUUUGAUAAUAAAAACAAAUUUUUCCAAUUC